GGCGCCGACCUCGGGGAUGCCCGCCAGCAUGUUCAGCAUCGACAACAUCCUGGCCGCCCGGCCGCGCUGUAAGGACUCGGUGCUGCCGGUGGCGCCCAGCGCCGCGGCGCCCGUCGUCUUCCCGGCCCUGCACGGGGACGCGCUCUACGGCGGCGGCGCCUCUUCCUCGGACUACGGCGCCUUCUACCCGCGGCCUGUGGCCCCCGGCGGCGCCGGCCUCCCGGCCGCGGUCGGAGGCUCCCGCUUGGGCUACAACAACUACUUCUACGGGCAGCUGCACGUGCAGGCGGCGCCGGUGGGCCCGGCGUGCUGCGGCGCCGUGCCGCCCCUGGGCGCCCAGCAGUGCUCCUGCGUCCCCACACCCCCAGGCUACGAGGGCCCCGGCUCGGUGCUGGUGUCGCCGGUGCCGCACCAGAUGCUCCCCUAUAUGAACGUGGGCACGCUGUCGCGCACUGAGCUGCAGCUCCUCAACCAGCUGCACUGCCGGCGGAAGCGGAGACACCGCACCAUCUUCACCGACGAGCAGCUCGAAGCGCUGGAGAACCUCUUCCAGGAGACCAAGUACCCAGACGUGGGCACGCGCGAGCAGCUGGCGCGGAAGGUGCAUCUCCGCGAGGAGAAGGUGGAGGUCUGGUUUAAGAACCGCCGCGCCAAAUGGAGGAGGCAGAAAAGGUCGUCAUCGUCCGAAUCGGAAAACGCCGAGAAGUGGAACAAGACGACGUGCAAGGCUUCGCCGCCGAAGCGGGAAGAGGAAGGUAAAAGCGACCGGGACUCGGACAGCUGACGGCCGCGGGUCGGCCCGGGCGCCUGCCUGACUCCAAGGACUUGCACAGAUGGACGAUGCUACUUGCACACGCGCUGCCUUGCGGGGAGUAGAUCCAGAGACGAGAAGCUGUGAAUAGUGUACAGCCCGGUGUAGCGUCCGAGGGGCGCACAGCAGCCGGCGGCGCUCGCUCCCCACCGUAGUAUUUAUAGUUAAGUUAACGGUGACAAUCCAAUAAAGUGACGGCGUUGUA